CUCUAUCUGCCGCUUCGCUUCCUCUACUGUUAUUCUCUAAAAUCUAAUUUGGGCGUAAGAGAGAUACGGGUCUAUAACCUAGUACACAAUCAACAUUUUGCCACCGAAUUUCGGAAAUACGCAUUUCUAAAGCCUACAUCUUUCUGCGGAUUAUGAGACAUGAAAAUAAGAUGUAAACAUCCUCAUCGACUGGAACGAUGAGUGUUGGUCAGUGUAAGAGGAAAAUACUGUGUGUGGGCGUCUGAUUAUGUUUUUCAAUGACUGUGGGCUAUUGCCUAUGCAGUGAAUCACACUCAUUUUAUGGCAUCGGUGCGGCUUUGGGGAUACGCACAUUCCAGACUUGAAAACACCACAGCGCUGAUGUCCGCCCGACGGUUCUCCGGGGUGUCGGUCUUGGGUGGUGCUGUCCCCUCGGGAUUACACACACCGGGGACAGGUGAACCCAGCAGGGCGCUUUUCGAGGCCUGCAGAAACGGGGAUCUGGAGCGCGUGAGGAAGCUUGUCAACCCUGAAAAUGUCAACAGUAGGGACACAGCUGGGAGGAAAUCCACCCCGCUGCAUUUCGCCGCUGGUUUUGGCCGUAAGGAUGUGGUGGCCUUCUUACUCCAGAACGGCGCCAACGUUCACGCCCGGGAUGAUGGCGGCCUGAUCUCGCUCCAUAACGCCUGCUCGUUCGGCCAUGCCGAGGUGGUCAACCUGCUGUUGCACCACGGAGCAGAAGCCAACGCCAGGGACAACUGGAACUACACCCCCCUGCACGAGGCUGCCAUCAAGGGAAAGAUAGAUGUCUGCAUAGUUCUACUCCAGCAUGGGGCAGUAUCAACUAUCCGGAAUACUGAUGGGAGAACAGCCUUGGACCUGGCUGAACCUGCCACGAAAGCAGUUCUUAAUGGUGAUUACAAAAAAGAUGACCUUCUUGAGAGUGCGAGGAGUGGAAAUGAGGACAAACUGAUGGAUCUGCUGACACCACUGAAUGUCAAUUGUCAUGCCAGCGAUGGACGAAAGUCCACACCCCUUCAUCUGGCAGCCGGCUACAACCGUGUGAAGUCAGUUAAGUUGCUGCUACGGCAUGGAGCAGAUGUCCAGGCCAAAGAUAAAGGUGAUCUGGUUCCACUACACAACGCCUGCUCUUAUGGACACUAUGAAGUCACUGAGCUCCUGGUCAAGCACGGAGCAUGUGUGAACUCCAUGGACCUGUGGCAGUUCACACCCCUCCAUGAGGCUGCUUCCAAGAACAGGGUGGAGGUUUGCUCUCUGCUGCUUAGCCACGGAGCCGACCCCACCUUUCUCAACUGCCACAACAAGAGUGCCAUCGACCUGGCCCCCACCCCCCAGCUCAAAGAACGCCUGGCUUAUGAGUUCAGAGGUCAUGCCCUGCUGCAGGCGGCUCGUGAGGCAGAUGUGGCCCGCGUGAAGAAGCACUUGACCCAGGAGACGCUCAGCUUCAAACACCCCCUCACUCAUGAGACCGCACUGCACUGCGCGUCCUCCUCCUUCUCCCCCGAAAGGAAGCAGGUGUGUGACCUGCUGCUGAGGAGAGGCGCCGACAUCAACCACAAGACUAAAGGCUUCCAGACGCCCCUGCACGUGGCCUCGGAGAAGAACCACGACGACGUCGUGGAGAUGCUGGUGAGGCACGAGGCCAAGGUUAAUGCGGUAGAUAGCCAGGGCCUCCACAGGGCCGCCCUCUGUGGUCACCACCAGACCUGCCGUCUGCUGCUCAGCUCCAGGUGUGACCCCCUCCUCACCUCCCUCCAGGGGUUCUCCCCCUCCCAGCUAGCCAAGGAGAGCAUCCAGGAGAUACUGCAAGAGGGGGUGCUGUCUGGGAACGUGGAUGUGGACUGUCAGAUGCUGGAGGCCUCCAAGUCAGGAGAUCUGGAGACUGUCAAGAUGCUGUGUACUCUGCAGACUGUGAACUGCAGGGACGUGGAGGGCCGCCAGUCCACGCCGCUGCACUUCGCUGCUGGGUACAACCGUGUGUCGGUGGUGGACUACCUGCUGCAGCACGGAGCUGACGUUCACGCCAAAGACAAAGGGGGUCUGGUGCCUCUCCACAAUGCCUGUUCCUACGGGCACUACGAGGUGGCAGAGCUGCUGGUGAUCCACGGUGCUGUGGUCAAUGUGGCCGACCUGUGGAAGUUCACACCCCUCCACGAGGCUGCCGCCAAGGGCAAAUACGAGAUCUGCAAACUGCUGCUGCAGCACGGAGCGGACCCCACCAAGAGGAACAGUGAUGGGAACACCCCCCUGGACCUGGUGAAGGAUGGGGAGGGGGAUAUCCAGGACCUGCUAAGGGGCGACGCCGCCCUGCUGGAUGCCGCUAAGAAGGGCUGUCUGGCCCGCGUCCAGAAACUCUGCAGCCCCGACAACGUCAACUGUAGAGACACCCAGGGACGUCACUCCACGCCUCUCCACCUGGCAGCUGGCUACAACAAUCUGGAGGUAGCAGAGUAUCUGCUGCAGCAUGGAGCUGAGGUCAACUCCCAGGACAAGGGCGGCCUCAUCCCCCUCCACAACGCUGCCUCCUAUGGGCAUGUGGAUGUGGCUGCUUUGCUCAUCAAGUACGAAGCAUGUGUCAACGCCACAGACAAGUGGGCCUUCACGCCACUCCACGAGGCCGCCCAGAAAGGCCGGACCCAACUCUGCGCUCUCCUAUUGGCCCACGGGGCUGACCCCUCCCUUCGAAACCAGGAAGGCCAAUCACCGCUGGACCUCAUCAUGGCGGAUGACGUGCGUGCCUUACUGACUGCCGCCAUGCCUCCGUUCUCCCUGCCCAGCUGCUACAAGCCCCAGAUCAUCCGCACGGCAGCUCCACCCACAGCCGUGGUGCCACCCGGCCUGUCCUCCAGCCCCAACCCCAUCCCCUCCACCUCGUCCGCCAGCCUUGGGGAUACUUUGACCCCAGGCUCUGUGGCCUUCCCGGAGCUCUCAGCCCUACUGGGAGUGGACAGGGUUGUGGGCUCGGACAAGAAGGAUAAGGUUUCAGGUCUGGAGUUGUGCAUCACCCAGUUCCUCAGCAACCUGGGCUUGGACCACCUGCUGGAGACCUUUCACAAAGAGCAGAUAACCCUGGACGUGCUUAUUGAGAUGGGCCACAAGGAGCUGAAGGAGAUUGGCAUCAACGCCUAUGGCCACAGGCACAAGAUCAUUAAAGGAGUAGAGAGGCUCAUCAGCGGUCCUCAGAGUUUGAACCCAUACCUGACCUUGAACACAGCCAACAGUGGGACCAUCCUUAUCGACCUAACGACGGAUGACAAGGAAUUCCAGUCCGUGGAGGAGGAGAUGCAGAGUACAGUGAGGGAACACAGGGAUGGGGGCCAUGCAGGAGGGGUCUUCAGCAGAUACAACAUAGUCAAGAUCCAGAAGGUGUAUAACAAGAAGCUACUGGACAGGUACACCCACCGGCGUAAGGAGGUGUCGGAGGAGAACCACAACCACUCCAACGAGCGCAUGCUGUUCCAUGGUUCGCCGUUCGUUAACGCCAUCAUCCACAAGGGCUUCGACGAGAGGCACGCGUACAUCGGAGGCAUGUUCGGGGCGGGGAUCUACUUUGCGGAGAACUCGUCCAAGAGUAACCAGUACGUUUACGGGAUAGGAGGAGGGACGGGGUGUCCGCUGCACAAGGACCGAUCCUGCCACAUCUGCCACAGGCACCUAUUGUUCUGCAGGGUGACUCUUGGGAAGUCCUUCCUUCAGUUCAGUGCCAUGAAGAUGGCCCAUUCCCCCCCUGGACACCACUCGGUCACAGGUAGACCCAGCGUCAAUGGCCUGGCCCUCGCAGAGUACGUCAUCUACAGGGGAGAGCAGGCUUACCCAGAGUACCUGAUCACCUACCAGAUCAUGCAACCAGACUCCUCUGCAGAUGGGUGAGGCGGGAGAGAGGAGGAGCCAAACUCAACCAGAGAACCACUGUACAGAAGAAGAACUGUUGGUUGUUCCCACACCUACCGGCUUGGGAGAUCCCUUGGUUGGCUUUUGAGAUCAUCACUUAUGAUGAGCAUUUGCUGGUGUCUGCCUGGACAGCCAGAAGGUUCAGGAAUCAUAUAUGUGGGAUUUUUAUAUUGGUUCAGCUGAGUUAGUCAAACUCAGUCAAGCACAGGUCAAUAUGAAGAGAUUGCAAAAACUGAUUGAGGUAAGUCUGGUUAUCUGUAAUGAGAAGGCCCAAACGGAAUACGCGGGCGCAGAAUUCCGACAAAAACCCGCGGAUUUUCAAGUAGAACGCAUUGGUCUGAAGCAAAAUGUAAAUACACUUUUCAACUCAUAGUACGUCUGUAUUAUAAAAACGUUAGCCAAAAAUGCUAAGAAUUGAAGAGGAAACGUAUUGACCCAAAUUACAGCAAGAGACAGGGCCAGGGAGUUUUCAACCGAUCUUUAUGAGGAUGGAUAAAUACUUUUUAGAAAAGUCUGUCAACAUUCAAUCGACCAUAUUUGCCGUCAAACUGUUGUGGAACAUCUUUGGUUGCUCCGACAUAAGGACAGGAAGGCUAGUGGAAUUCCGCAGAUUUCCGCAGAUUUUCAGUCUGAAUAACGGCUGAAAAUUUGAAAAGAAUCUGCGUAUUCCGUUUGGGCCUGGUAAUGAGCCUCUGCAUUGGCUAACAGGCAUUCUGUACUAUUACCUGCAUGCAAACAUAACAUAUUUAAACAGUGUAUACUGUCAAAUGUUUGUAUGAUUUGUAAAUGUUCGUUUUAUUCAUGUAAGCACUUUAUUAAUUAAUUUUGUGGAGUUGGGUCAAGGUGUGAAUGUUUAUUUCGUUUUUUAUUUAAUAUAAUUUUUACAAUUUACAAUUGUAGCAUCUCUAUUCAGGGGUCUGUUAACAAUCUAACGCACUGUAAUACUACUUUCCCAAACUGUGUUCUUUAUGUGGUACCGCACAGUACAGUGUAUUUUUUAGUCAACGUGAUUCAAUUUAUACACAUUUUGUUUUGUUUUUUCAAGCAUGGUAAUUUAUAGUUUUUUUUGCUGGUCUGAACAUUGAGGACACUGCCUAAGGGUUAUGUUUUAAUGUUUUCUACUGAAGCAGCUACUGGUAUCUACAUUCUCAUUAAAUUUCUGCUUGUUCAGGAUUGUCCUCCAUUGUUAGUGCAGGGGCCCUUAUCCAAUCAAGGGAAUAUCGUUUGUUUCUGAUUUUUGUCACCAGAUGUAACGGGAACCAAAAAUUCUGACUUUCAUACAACACCUGUUCAUUGAGUAGAGAGGAUUUCGUGAGACUAAGUGCAAUAUGGUCAUGAUUGUCUCAUUGAUGGCUGAUUAGGUUGAAUAAUGGAAUCUUCCUAUCUUCCUCUAUGUAUGGUAUUUGUUAUGGCUAUACGUAGAUAAGGUCCAGUACAGCUCAAUCUCUCUAUGCGCUAGGCCUGAGAGUCCAGAUAUAUGGUAGGUUACACUAUCUCAACAUGGUUUCAUUUAAUAUACAUGCCUGUAGAAAGACUAUAACGUGGGCGGAAUGAAGAGAGAACUAUUUAGUUUUGACGGCACCAUUUAUAUAAAAUGUAAAGCUGUACAUUGGCAUUGCAUCAUGUCAUGUUCUCUGAAACGCCUGUUCUUCCUGCAUGAUAUACUGUGUGGUUAUUGUGACAUAUAUGAGAGGUGUCUGCUUCUAUUGCAGCCUGGAUGUACAGUACAACUACAUCAUUGAUGGCAGAACUGUGGGUGGAGGUAAUCUAUCCCACGCCAUCAGCCACAUGGAAAUAAACAACAAUCUUUGUGAAUUAUAUCUUUUUGUCAGUUGUCUGGUUGUUUUUAUUGUUUCAAAUAAUUACUGUAAAAUGUUGAUAUAUUGUAAAAUAGAUGGUAUUAAAUAGUACUGUGAUAUGUAAAAAUGUUCAUAUAGGUGGUUGAAAAAAUGCUGAGAAGCAGGAGUAAUUUCAGUAUUCACAUACUGAACAAUUGUUCCUAAGAGGGAUCAUUAUAUCUCCCAAUCCAGUGUUUUUGACAGCAGGGUAUUUCUUAGUCUCUUUCUGUUCAAAUACUUGAGGAAUCCAUUAAAUAUACAUUCAUAUUAAAGAUUAAAGAUAACUCCACAGUAUUUGAGAGAAAACUGUCCAUGUGGUGUUUAAUGCAAGGAAGAUUCAUAUUCUUAGCCUGUCUAGUUGGAUAAUUAUGGACCUGUAAAUUCUUAACAAAUAAUAUCUAAAACUACAUUAAAGUACAUACGGUAGAUUACUGC